AGUAAAUGGUUUCUUAGCUUGUUAUACCGAUGAAAAAAACGAAUACAAGUUCAAUAAAAGUAUCCCCUUUACGCAAUUUUCUCAAAACUGAAUGAUCUCUUUUAAUGAUAAGUUCCAACAAGAUGUAACGAUCUUCUCAGUCAAAGCAGGUAUGUAAUGCAAAGAACUUGUUAAUUAAACAAAUAAAAUUAGAGGACGACUCAUCUUUAAAUAGAACAUUUUACUAUCUUAAGUACUAAAACAAAUCAAAAACCUUAGCUUCUCUAUAAAUGUCACUGUCUUUUUUCUGUUAACUAGUCAUUGGCGAGUAUUACUUCAAAUACAAUGGAAGGUUAUUGCUUAAAAUAGUAAAAUGAUCUGUUGCCUAUUAGUGAGUUACAAUGAGAGCCUCUUUAGAAAGGGAGAUUCUUCACACAACUAGCUAGAUGUACUUGUACAAUUCAUGAGAACCUUGCGAAGCAAUUAAAAUUACAUAAUAUAUGUUCACUGCACCAUAACUGCCAGUGGCUCCCCAGCACAAACACAAUUUUUGGUUAAAAGAAAGAAAAUGAGGAACAUUUAAUUUUAUACUAGUCGAAAAAACUUAUAUGGUAUGAGAGUUACUGAUGUAGCAUGUGUUCGGAUCUUCUUUGACAAGUAAGUGAUGUGUCAACCUUUAUCUUCACAGCUAAGUAGUUGACUUGUUGGCACUUAAGUUAAAGUAAAGUAUAUAAAAUUGUCUUUUCUGGAAGAUCGUGGGAAUUUUCUUACACAAGUGGGAUUUUAAUAAUUAUUUGGAUCACUUAUUGCAUUGUGAAGAGGAAGAAAAAAAAAAAAGGGAGAGAAGGAGGUCAGCAAAUGGAGAACAGGGCAGAGAAGAGAAGGAUUCUGUUAGUUCCAGUGGCUGCACAAGGUCAUGUAACUCCAAUGAUGCAACUUGGGAAAGCCCUUCAGUCAAAGGGUUUCUCAAUUACAAUUGCUCAGAGACAGUUAAAGCAAAUAAGCUCUUCACUGCAACAUGUUCCUGGUUUUGACUUUGUCACCAUACCAGAAAACUUACCUCAGUUUGAAUCUAAGAAACUAGGACCGGCCGAGUUUCUGAUGAAUCUUAACAGAACCAGCGAGGCAAGCUUCAAAGAGUGUAUAAGUCAGUUAUUGCUGCAACAAGGCAAUGAUAUCGCAUGUAUCAUCUAUGACAAGCUUAUGUACUUCUGUGAAGCUGCAGCUAAAGAUUUCAACCUUCCUAGUAUCAUCUUCAGCACCAGCAGUGCUACCAUUCAAGUUUGCUACUCUGUGUUAAGUAAACUCAAUGCCGAGAAGUUCUUGACCGAUAUGAAAGAUCCUGAAAUGCAAGACAAGCUGUUGGAAGGUUUGCAUCCUUUAAGAUAUAGAGACCUACCUACUUCAGGAUUUGGUCCAUUGGAGCCACUUUUGGAGAUGUGUAGGGAAGUAGUUAACACAAGAACAGCUUCCGCUAUUAUCAUCAACACGGCGAAUUGUCUAGAGAGCUCGUCUCUGUCCUGGCUACAACAAGAACUCGGAAUUACAGUGUACUCAUUAGGCCCUCUUCACACUACAGCUUCAUCGCUGGGACCUAGUUUACUGCAAGAAGACAGGAGCUGCAUUGAAUGGCUUAACAAGCAGAAACCAAGGUCAGUCAUAUACAUAAGCUUGGGAAGCAAAGCUCACAUGGAAACCAAAGAGUUGUGAGAGAUGGCUUGGGGAUUGGCGAAUAGCAACCAACCUUUCUUAUGGGUCAUCCGAACGGGUUCUAUCCUUGGCUCCGAUGGGAUAGAGUUAUUGCCUGAGGAUAUUAGUAAGAUGGUCUCAGAAAGAGGAGGAUACAUUGUGAAAUGGGCACCGCAGAUAGAAGUACUUAGACAACCAGCAGUGGGAGGCUUCUGGAGCCACUGUGGAUGGAACUCAAUACUUGAGAGCAUUCUGGAAGGAGUCCCAAUGAUUUGCAGGCCAUUCCAAGGCGAGCAGAAGUUAAAUGCAAUGUAUGUAGAGAGUGUCUGGAGAAUAGGGAUUCAGGUGGGAGGGGAAGUGGAAAGAGGAAGUGUAGAGAGAGCUGUGAAGAGGUUGAUGAUGGAUGAAGAAGGUGCAGCCAUGAGGGAGAGAGCCCUUGAUUUGAAAGAGAAGCUUAAAGUCUCUGUGAGAAGAGGAGGCUCUUCAUCCAACGCAUUGGAUGAGCUUGUCGAGUACUUGAACACAGAUCAAAGAUGCUGAACUUCAUGUAUUAUAAGAACGCUUAAUUAUA